ACACCACCCAACCUCAGGGCAAUAUGGAGCAUUUCUACCUUACUCUUCUCCUCCUCUUCGUCUCCUUCGUAACCCUCUCUCUUUUUAUCCUCUUUUACAAUCAUUGGUCCAAAUACACCAACCCUAACCUACCUCCGGGGAGGGCCGGCCUCCCCAUCGUUGGCGAGACCUUCCAGCUCCUCUCCCCUGGAUGGAAAGGUCACCCCGAGAAAUUCAUUUUUGACCGAAUGCUCCGUUACUCCUCUAAUAUCUUUAAGACACACAUCCUUGGUAGACCAUUUGCAGUCUUCUGCGGACCCGCAGGAAACAAGUUCUUGUUUUCCAAUGAAAACAAACUCGUCACUUCGUGGUGGCCGGAUUCCGUAAACAAAGUAUUCCCAACCUCUGUCCUGACAUCCUCACAACACGAAUCUAAAAAGAUGAGAAAACUCCUCCCUCAGUUCUUGAAACUCGAGGCCCUGCAGAGUUACAUUGGAAUCAUGGAUACCACCGCUCAACGACACUUUGCUUCCGACUGGGAAAACAAAGACGAGGUCGUCGUCUACCCUUUGGCAAAACGUUACACUUUCUGGAUCGCCUCCCGUAUUUUCAUCAGUGUUGAAGAUCCCGACCACGUCGCCCAGUUCGCCGCCCCUUUCAACCUUCUGGCCUCCGGCCUCCUCUCCCUUCCCGUUGACUUGCCCGGAACCCCAUUCAACAAAGCCAUAAAGGCAUCGAGUUUCAUCCGAAAGGAACUACUCAAGAUCAUCAAGCAGAGGAAGGUUGACCUCGCGGAGGGUAAGGCGUUGCCGACUCAUGAUAUACUGUCCCACAUGCUGUUAACCAGCGACGAGAACGGACAGUUCAUGACUGAGUUGGAUAUCGCCGAUAAGAUUCUGGGUUUGUUGAUCGCCGGACACGACACCGCCAGUGCCGCCUGUACUUUCAUCGUCAAGAGUCUGGCGGAGCUUCCUCACAUCUAUGAAGGAGUUUACAGAGAACAAGUUGAAAUUGCAAAAUCAAAGGCCCCAGGGGAGCUGUUGAAUUGGGAUGAUAUUCAGAAGAUGAGAUACUCUUGGAACGUUGCUUGUGAAGCUCUGAGACUUGCCCCACCACUUCAAGGGGCCUUUAGAGAAGCCAUCACUGACUUCAUUUUCAAUGGUUUCUCCAUUCCAAAGGGCUGGAAGUUGUAUUGGAGUGCAAACUCAACCCACAAGAACCCAGAAUACUUUCCAGAACCGGAAAAAUUCGACCCGGCUAGAUUUGAAGGAAAUGGACCUGCUCCUUACACAUUCGUUCCAUUUGGAGGUGGCCCCAGGAUGUGCCCAGGCAAGGAGUAUGCCCGUCUGGAAAUCCUGGUUUUCAUGCACAAUUUGGUGAAGAGGUUCAAAUUGGAGAAAAAACUUCCGGACGAGAAGAUUGUGGUGGAUCCAAUGCCCAUCCCAGCCAAGGGUCUUCCUGUUCGCCUCUACCCUCACAAAGCUUGAGAACAAAUUGAAGCAUGGAUUAAUAUCAAUAAUUAUUAUAAUAGGAAUGCAUGACAUAGUUGAAAUAAGACAUACAUAUCUUCCUGCUUUUGCGUGUAUCCUCUCAAAGCUUAAGAGAAAAUUGAUAUGUAUGCGAAGGUAGUUUAAAAAGAUGAGAGAUAGUUACUUUUCAUUAUGUAAUAUAAAAUUAAAAAACGCAU